AAAAAAGUGAUUAACCAAACCCAUCCGCCUCUCUCGGACAUUUCGUCUCUGCGCUUCAUUCCAUCUUCCUCUUCCUGUAGCAAUUCUUCGAUCACCCAGACCCAAUUUCUUAUUCUCCUUUACCUUUCUUCCUCCGCCGCUGUCGUUCCAAGUCCGCCACCGCCCUACCGCAACUCUUCUCCUUCUCAUUUCUUCUUCGCUGAUGCAACCGCCGUCAUUCACCUUGUCCGUCGGCUGCAACAGAAACUGAGCACCUUCUCUGUCGUCCUCAAUGGUCAUUCGCUGGAACUGUCAUUCUAGAUGGGCCGCGACUUUGAUUUGGGGCCUCGGUGUUGGAUCCGCCUUUGUCGAUGGAUGGUGACUCGAUUUGGGGCCUCUGGUUUUGGAUCCGGUGCGUAGGGAUAGAGGAGGAUUGGGGCUGAGGCUGGGGGAUGGAAGCUGGGUUGGGAUAUGGUGCAUAGACUAGCGGUGGGGCUGGGUGGAUGUGGUGGUUAAUGCUGGCAAACUAUGGACGGGGCAAGGGUGGAUGUUGUGGAUGGGGUAGGGGUGACAGCGGUGGACGGGGCAGGGGCGGCAGCGGCCUGAGUUAUUUCUGGGGCGGCGUCACUGGAAAAUCGGGCAUCAUUGUGGCGAUAGUCACUAUGGGCGGAGCAGGUCACUCGGCGGAGCAAGGUGCUCACUAUGGUCGGAGCAAGUCACUGAGUGUCAGUCACCGUGGUCGGAGCAAGUCACUGAGCGGCGAUCACUAUGACCGGAGCAAGUCAUUGAGCGGCGAUCACUAUGGCCGGAGCAAGUUACAGGGCGGUGGUGCAGCAAGACUGCUGGCUAGUGACUGUGGCGGCACCGGUGGUAACAUUGGCGGUUGUUGUGGACGACUAGAGAAACUCUUUCUUGUUUGUUAGUAUUAAAACUCUUUCCUAUAAAAACUCUUUCCUAUUUUUUUCCUUGGUGUGUAACAGAUUGGUGUGUAACAAAUGGUGGUCAUAUUUUUGGACUUUUGAAACUUAACUCACUUUGAUAGAUUAUAUGUCUAGAGAGAAGUAAGAGCUAGAGAGAGAAGUGAUAUGUAUUAAUGAAUUUCAAACCCUUUGCAUGGCUUCCAAAGGGAGUAUUUAUAGGGAAAAUAUGGACUGGGCUCCCAAGUCUUAGGCUUGGGAGGCCCACAAUAUAAG